AUGCGUUCGACUUUGACAGCUGCAAUGCGGCUAGUGGUCACGACGAUGUGCCUUAUUGGCUUAACUCAAUGUCUAAAGACGGUAGAGAUUCCUUUUACCCGCAUGGCAGACCCUGACAGCAACUUUGUUGCAUCGAUGCAAAUUUCGGUUGGAUCACCACCUCAGCAAGUCAUGGCAAUCUUCGACACGGGAAGCAGUGAUCUCUGGGUUCCGCAGCUCAACAGCCGCCUAUGCAAAGAUCGCCUAGCAACAUGUACUGCCAGCAAUGGCAAUAAUUCCAGCGUCGCCUGUGCCUUCGAUAACGUAAAAUCGACUUCGUUCAACGUCAACCGCUCUCCAUUCGAGGCUACCUACGCGAAUGGUGUUGAGAUCCAGGGGACCUUCAUGUCAGAAUCAGCGACUGUUGGGAACACAUCGGUCUCCAAUAACACGAUGGGAUUGGGUCAGACUGACAAGUUAACCUCGCCUCUAAUUGCCAUCCUUGGUGUCGGUCCCUCGAGUUCAGAAGCGUCUGUUCUCACCAAUAAUGCCAAGCCAUACACGAACUUUCCGGAGAAUCUCAAAGCACAGGGGCUCACCAAGUCGUUGACUUAUAGUGUGUACUUGAAUGACUUCAGGUCGCCUAGUGGAAGCGUCGUGUUUGGCGGGAUGGACACUGCCAAGUUCACAGGCCAAAUGCAGAUGGUUCCUCUCAUCGGACACAAGUUAUUCAAAACAAACGACUUUAUCGUACCUUGGACCUCCUUCUCAUUCUCGGCCGACAAGAACGCCAAACCAACCGCAAUUGGCGGGAACAACUUCCCCCCUGUCCUCGUUGACACAGCCAAUCCAUCCCUAUCUUUUCCGCCAAAGAUCUUGGAUCAAAUCGGACCUGCCAUCAACGUUCAAACAUUGCAAGAUGGGACAAAAGCAUUGAGAUGCAACAGCGGCGAUUCAGGCGCCAAGUUCAACUUUGAGUUUCAGACGGCCAAGGUCGAGGUUCCUCUAUCGAUGAUCUUCAUUCCCCUGAUGAAGAACGGCGCUCCCGUCACCGACAAGAGUGGCAGCUCCCUAUGUACUCUUCCGUUAGAGCCCAUUGACAGCAACGUGGCAUCUUUUGGUGCCCCUAUGCUAUCGGCUGUGUAUACAGUAUUUGACCUUGAGAACAAACAACUGGGAAUGGCACAAGCAAAACUUAAUGAGUCUGCAACAAGUAUUCAGGAGUUUGGGCCAGCUAGCCCAGCCAAGGGAACAUCGAAACGGCCACGAGCGCAAAGCGGGCGCUUCCGACAGAAGUGA